CAGAUCAGGAACAACCUGCACACGUUCACUGCCGCCCUGCCCCGGCAAUUGCUGGCACGGUCACCAACAGGGAAUAGGUAGCAGAGAGAACGCAGCAGCUGGAAGGGCGCAGCCGCUCACUCGGCGUCGGGGAAGAGCGAGAGAAGCCCCGAGGCCGAGCCUCCCUCCUGCCCGGCGUUACCGCCGCCCCCACCUGGGGCAGAGAAUUGGGCGCCGCGCUGCUUCCCUCAACGCCCCGGCCGCGUGGCUUGCGGCUUAUUUUCCCAGCUGGCAAGCGUCGCGCUGCAGACAAGGGAAUGCCUGUGGUCCUGCGUGUUCCAGAGCUCAGGGAUCCCCCGAUCCCGCCAAGCCCCCUCCAGGAGCGGAAGGGUUAAGAAUGAUGAGGAAGAAGAGGAAGCGAGGCGCGUCCUCCGGCCCAUGCCGCAGCCACGGCCCGGGACCCGCCACGGCGCCCGCGCCGCCGCCCUCGCCGGAGCCCACGAGACCUGCAUGGACGGGCAUGGGCUUGAGAGCAGCAUCUUCCUGCGCCGCCGACGCCGCCUCCGCCGCCGCCGCCGCCGGGGCUGAGCCGCGCCGCCGCCCCCGGCUCUGCCCGCCGCCCCUGGCGCUGCUGCUUCUGCUGCUGCUCAGCCUGGGGCUGCUUCACGCAGGUGACUGCCAACAGCUGGCCCAAUGUCGAAUCCAGAAAUGUACCACGGACUUUGUGUCCCUGACUUCACACCUGAACUCUGCCAUUGAUGGCUUUGACUCUGAGUUUUGUAAGGCUUUGCGUGCCUAUGCUGGCUGCACCCAGCGAACUUCAAAAGCCUGCCGUGGUAACCUAGUAUACCAUUCUGCUGUGUUGGGUAUCAGUGACCUCAUGAGCCAGAGGAACUGUUCUAAGGACGGACCCACAUCCUCUACCAAUCCUGAAGUGACCCAUGACCCUUGUAACUAUCACAACCACGCGGGAGCCAGAGACCACAGGGGAGGGGACCAGAACCCUCCCAGUUACCUUUUUUGUGGCUUGUUCGGAGAUCCUCACCUUAGAACUUUCAAGGAUCACUUCCAGACGUGCAAAGUGGAAGGGGCCUGGCCACUCAUAGAUAAUAAUUAUCUUUCAGUUCAAGUGACGAAUGUGCCUGUGGUCCCUGGAUCCAGUGCUACUGCUACAAAUAAGAUCACCAUCAUCUUCAAAGCCCACCGCGAGUGUACAGAUCAGAAAGUAUACCAAGCUGUGACAGAUGACCUGCCAGCUGCCUUUGUGGAUGGCAGCACCAGCGGCGGGGACGGCGACACCAAGAGCCUGCGUAUCGUGGAGAGGGAGAGCAGCCGCUACGUGGAGAUGCACGCCCGCUAUAUAGGGACCACAGUGUUCGUGCGGCAGCUGGGUCGCUACCUGACCCUUGCCAUCCGCAUGCCCGAAGACCUGGCCAUGUCCUACGAGGAGAGCCAGGACCUACAGCUCUGUGUGAAUGGCUGCCCCCUGAGCGAGCGCAUCGAUGACGGGCAGGGCCAGGUGUCUGCCAUCCUGGGGCACAGCCUGCCUCGCACCCCCUCAGCCCAGGCCUGGCCUGGCUACACACUGGAGACUGCCAACGCGCAGUGCCACGAGAAGAUGCCAGUGAAGGACAUCUAUUUCCAGUCCUGUGUCUUUGACCUGCUCACCACUGGCGAUGCCAACUUCACCGCCGCAGCCCACAGUGCCUUGGAGGAUGUAGAGGCGCUGCACCCCAGGAAGGAGCGCUGGCACAUUUUCCCAAGCAGUAGCCACGGGACUCCCCGUGGGGGCAGCCAUUUGUCUGUCAGUCUGGGACUCACAUGCUUGAUCCUUAGUGUGUUUUUGUAGGGGUUGUCUUUUGUUUUUUUUGUUUUUGUUUUUGUCUAUAACAAAAUUUUAAAAUAUAUAUUGUCAUAAUAUAUUGAGUAAAAGAGUAUAUAUGUAUAUACCAUGUAUAUGACAGGAUGUUUGUCCUGGGACACCCACCUGAUUGUACAUAUUGUGUUUGAUUGUUUUCAUGUAUGUUGGAUGUAGUGUUCUUUGAUUGUAUCGAUUUUGUUUUGCAGUUUUGUGAAAUGUUUUAUAAUGUCCCUGCCUGGGGACCUGUUAGAAAGCACUUUAUUUUUUAUAUAUUAAAUAUUUAUGUGUGUACCUGGUUAGUAUGUAUAUAGUACACGUGCACAGACACCGUGUGCAGCGUUCCCUUUGAAGAUGACCAGCAACGUUGUCUGUAGCUCUUCCUGGCUGUGCACUCCUGUCCUUUGCCACUGCAGCUCAUCGCCACGCAUGCAGCUUUCACUUGCUGCCUCCUGGUGCAGCUGUCUCAUUCCUUUGAACUAGGUCCUUACCCUCUUCUUCUGCCCCCACUCGAUGUGGAAGGAUCCUUAACCCCCCUACAGGUGUUUUUGGCUGUUAAACACUGAUUCUAGGAAGCCCUCUCCCUCUUUGACAGCUGUCACUUUUUCAGAGGAUGGAGAGAAUAUAGUACAGUUCUUAUUAACUAGGAUUGUUCUAUCUGAGCACUUAAUGGUAGUUGAACCAUAUGAAACUGCUGUUUUUAUAGGUCAGAAGGGGCUAGUGAUGGCAAUUUCACAGGUAAAUACCAGGCAUCUUGCUAGACCCCAGUAGCUCUCAGACUUUGGUCAUCCCGUGUCCCUAUUUAAACUGUAGCUUUUCCCUCUUUUAACUCUAUUCUACAUUGAACGAACAAAACACAAAAACAUAAAUUUAGUGAUCAUGUCUUGCUCUUAUCUCUGUAAUUUGUACAAGCCCACAUUCUUAGCCUUCUCUUCCUUGGCUGUUUGGGCUCAGAAACACACUGUUCCCUGUGUCCACACCCAGUAAGCCUUAGGUGCUCAGGGACUAGGGUUUCUUAGAUUCUCUGUCUUCAAUAUCAAGGCCCAGAUCCCACCGCAAAGUUUUCCUCCCCUUGCCUUCCACGCCAUGGAUGCACACGGGACGCGUCUGUGCGCAUGGCAGAGCGCCGAGGGCACUCGCGACAGGAGAGCCUCCUUGGCCUGACUCUGCGUAGCUAACUGUGGGUGCUGGUUAGUCCAGACAUUCGCACUAGGCAGUGUUGCACGCCGGGUGGCCUCACAGUUCAACCAGAUGCUCUCCCUCUUGACAUCUGUGGGUGAAUAUGUUACUUAGUUCCUCAUUUUACUUUAUAGUGAUUUCACCAAGCUACAUGAGGAAUUCCUUGCCUCUUCGAUUCCAUUGUUGGCACCUCUUGCAAAAGAAAAACGCCACCAACAAAAGGCAAGAACAGUAACUGAGAACAUGAACUCCAGGAUAGGUAGGUUUAUAUUGUUACGUCUAAAAUGUAAAUGUGUGGCUCCAAGAGUUAGUGGUAGUAUGUAUACUUUACCCUAAUCAUUUACAUAAACGCAAACAAAAGUUAGUGACCUGUAAAUAUCACAGCAGUUUGGGUCAAGAUGGUGCUGAGUUUUAGCUGGCCAGGUAAUUUCUUCCUUUUGCCAUGGCAUAUAUUUCUUCAUGAACUGAUCUAUCAGUCACAAAAUGGAGAUGUGGGUUCCUCCAGAGGUGGCAGACCUCCUCUCAACCAUCUUCUGAUAUAUGAGAGAAUAAUCUUGGCCAGUCUGGGAAAAUCAUGAAGGCAUCCUGCUUCUUACUCAAUAAAGAUGCAGUGCCAGAGAGUUGAAACCCAAACCCGUUACCCUUGUGUAAAAGCUGGACCGGGGGCCUACCUACCACCAGCUCUGAACCGUGACUGCUUUUUUUCACUUACGGAAUCAUGUGCCAGGUUAGAAGCUGUAGUUAGCUAGUAAUUUUGUUAUGUAAUUGAGUAGAAUGAAGGAGGAAAAAUAGGGUACUUCUAACCACUAUUUUUGUGCAAAUAGUCUGAAAGUGAAGUAAAAACAGAAUUUUUCUACAGUAUCUGGGUUUAGAGUGUAUAUGAUUAACAUACCUUUGUCCUUUUCAGGGAAAGCAAAACAACCACCUCUACUAAUAGUUGGGAAAAGAAAAUUGGGUUGCUUUUACUAUAUCAUUUACGUGGAAAGGAUGCUGCAAAGCAUCCCACAUCACUGUUACUAGUGCCGGUGUAUUUAGCUGUUCUUCCUUUAUAGUCAGUGUCUCUGUAUGACACUGAAGUCCUUCCCACAGAUAAUGGUUUCAGAAAUACAGGUAUUUCUCUAGAGAAGGGCCUGGUUUAUUUUCUCCUGUUUCUUUUGUAGAAUGUCUGAAGAAAAUGCUACUUGCACAUGUUGGUUUUUCAAAUCCUCCUUAACCAGAAGAGUUUCGGUCAUACUAACACAUAGGUGGGAUGUAGCUGUUCAGACCUCUUCCAGGGGAGCUUAAACUUGUGGGAAAACACUGGUUUUCACAGAUGCUCCAUGUGGCUGUCUUUAAAAGACUCAAACAUUUUUUUGUCUUUCUCUUCGUUAUGCUUGGAAACCCCCACGGUGCGUCGAGUCUUUGCAAAGAAACCUUUAGAUGUGGUUCAUAGGUAUAUGAAUAAGUAUCUGUGUUAAACAGUGAGUGUGCAGUGUGUAAAUACUUUAAAUUAUUAUGGUAGAAAAAUAAAGUUACAUA